AUGAAUAACAUAACAUUAUUUAGUUUCUUUGUAUUUAUUACUAUAAGUAAUUAUACACUAACCUGCUUAAAAAGAGAAGAAAUCGUAAAGGAUAAUUUAAAAAUUUUAAUAGGAAAUUUAAAUGAAAGUAUAAAAUUAAAUUGUGAGUUGUCCAAAACUAUUCAUAUUUUAGAUGCUAGUUAUGGAAAUCCAUCCGUUGAUAACUUUCUGAUAAAAAAAAGUUCAUUAGAUGCACCACACACAUUACCAGUUGUCCAAAUGAUGUGUGAAGGGAAAGAAAAUUGCGACAUAAAUGUAAAUAACGAAACAUUCAAAAUUCUCUCUUUGAUAAAAGAUUUUCACAAACUUGUAAUAAAAUAUUCUUGUGUGUCGUUUAAACGAAAAUCCUUCCCUUCAUACAAAAUAAAAGCGAAGAGAGGCAACGACAAUACUUGGAAUAUAGAAUUUCAAGGAGAAGCAUCAAAUAAAGAACUAUAUCUUCAUGUGCACGACAUAAAUGCAAUUUGUGAAAAACCAUUGCUUAAAAAAAAAUACAUAGACGUAAAUGAGGCAGAACAGGAGUGUAACACCAUAAAAAAAUGUGUAUAUAUAAUUUUUAAUAUUGACGGGUACACAUUAUGCGAAUCGCCUUUUUACAAAGAUGCAACAAUACAAAAAAAUGCGAAAAUUUACAUCAAAAUGUCUUACAUUAGUGGAAACAUACCUGAAAAUUAUGACGUCUUUCCUAACUUUCAAGGAGUUUGUGAGAAGAAUGAAGUUAUGUAUGAAAUGGAUGCAGCUCUAAGCUUAGAAGAUGUUUAUAAGAAGUGUAAAGAGAUCAAUUGUGACUAUUUCACAAUGUCUACUGCUAAUGGUGUAAAAGGAGCAUCUAAAAAUUUCCGCAAUUAUGCUUGGUUUUGUAAAGGUUUCCCUAAAUACGUUUCUCAUGAGGGCUUCAUUUUUGGGAAAAAUAAUAAAAACUCAAAAAACCCUAAGCAAAGAUUAACAAUUUUCCAUUUUGUUUAUAUAACGUUAUCAUUUAUACAGAUAGGAAAAAAAAAAUAA